AUGGGCGCGGUCGCUCAAGGUGCCUGUUGUCUUCCCUUUUGCAGGCUGACUCGGUAUAUUGUGUUGCUGUGCUUCACCAAGCUUUUAAAGGCCUUGGGGCUGUUUGAAGCUUAUGAUCUUCUGAAAGUGGUCCACCUUGUACAGUUUAUCUUUGUAGUAAAGCUGGGGUCUGCAUUUUUUAUGGUUUUGUUUCAAAAACCAUUUUCUUCUGGAAAAGUGGUAACGAAGCGUCAAUGGAUCAAAAUUUUUAAGCAUGCCGUUGUGGGAUGUAUCAUUUCACUCUUGUGGUUUUUUGGCCUUACUCUUUGUGGACCACUAAGGACGUUGUUGCUGUUUGAGCACAGUGAUGUGGUUGUGCUAUCACUCCUUAGUGUUCUGUUCACAAGCUCAGGUGGAGGACCAGCAAAGACAAGAGGGGCUGCUUUUUUCAUCAUAGCUGUCAUCUGCUUAUUGCUUUUUGAUAAUGAUGAUCUCAUGGCUAAAAUAGCAGAACAUCCUGAAGGGCACCAUGACAGUGCUCUUACCCAUGUUCUGUAUACAAUCAUUGCUUUCCUGGGUGUUGCAGAUCACAAGGGAGGAGUGCUGCUUCUGGUACUGGCAUUGUGUUGCAAGGUUGGUUUUCACAUGGCUUCCCGAAAGCUCUCUGUAGAUGUAGGUGGAGCCAAGCGUCUACAAGCUUUGUCUCAUCUUGUUUCCGUCCUUCUGUUGUGCCCAUGGGUCAUCGUCCUCUCUCUGACAACAGAGAGUAAAGUGGAGUCCUGGUCUUCCCUCAUCAUACCUUUCAUAACAGUCAUCUUUUUUGUUGUGAUCUUGGAUUUCUACGUGGAGUCUAUAUGCUCUGUCAAGAUGGAAGCUUCCAAAUGUGCUCGAUAUGGAUCCUUUCUCAUUUUCAUUAGUGCACUGCUUUUUGGCAAUUUUUGGACACAUCCAAUAACAGACCAGCUUCGAGCUAUGAACAAGCCACCAUACCAUGAAAGCACAGAGCACGUCCUUUCUGGAGGAGUGGUAGUGAGUGCCGUUUUCUUCAUUUUAUCUGCCAAUAUCCUGUCCUCCCCCUCCAGGAAAGGGCAGAAAGGCACCCUUAUUGGCUAUUCCCCUGAAGGCACUCCUCUGUAUAACUUCAUGGGUGAUGCAUUGCAGCAGAGCUCUCAGUCACUACCCCGGUUUAUUAAAGAGUCACUGAAACAAAUCCUUGAGGAAUAUGAUUCCAGACAGAUCUUCUACUUCUUGUGCCUAAAUCUGGCGUUCACUUUUGUGGAGCUUUUCUAUGGAGUGUGGACCAAUAGCCUUGGUCUUAUUUCUGAUGGAUUUCACAUGCUUUUUGAUUGUUCUGCUUUAGUGAUGGGGCUUUUUGCAGCUCUAAUGACAAGAUGGAAAGCAACUCGCAUAUUUUCCUAUGGGUAUGGGCGUGUAGAAAUUCUCUCUGGAUUUAUUAAUGGACUCUUUCUAAUGGUAAUUGCUUUCUUUGUCUUCAUGGAAUCAGUGGCCAGACUGGUAGAUCCUCCAGACAUAGAUACAAAUAUGUUAACGCCAGUUUCUGUUGGAGGGCUCAUAGUAAACCUUGUCGGUAUCUGUGCCUUUAGCCAUGCACACUCCCACGGGGCUUCUCGCGGAGCCUGUCACUCGCAUGAUCACAGCCAUUCUCACCACGGGCAUGGCCACAGCCAUGGGCAUGGCCAUUCCCACAGUGACCAUGGGCACAGCCAUGGACAUUCCCACGGGCCUUCUGGAGGAGGCAUGAAUACCAACAUGAGAGGUGUAUUUCUUCAUGUGUUGGCAGAUACUCUUGGCAGUGUUGGCGUUAUCGUAUCCACGAUAUUUAUCCAGCAAUUUGGAUGGCUGAUAGCUGAUCCCCUCUGCUCUCUUUUUAUUGCUACGUUGAUUUUUCUCAGUGUUAUCCCACUGUUGAAAGAUGCCUGUCAAGUACUUUUGCUGAGGAUACCUCCAGAACAGGAGAAAGAUCUGCACGCUGCUUUAGAAAAGAUUCAAAAAAUAGAUGGAGUCAUAUCCUACAGAGAUCCUCAUUUUUGGUGUCACUCUGCGAGUGUUGUAGCAGGUACAAUACAUGUACAAGUGAUGUCAGAUGUGAUGGAACAGAGAACUGUACAGCAGGUUACAGCUAUUCUUAAAGAUGCUGGAGUAAACAACCUAACUGUUCAAGUGGAGAAGGAAGCCUAUUUUCAACACAUGUCUGGCCUCAGUACAGGAUUUCAGGAUGUCCUUGCAAUGACUCAGCAAUUGGAAUCCAUGAAAUACUACAAAGAUGGUACUUACAUCAUGUGAUAUGAAGCUGUGUUCACCAGGGGGGACGUAACCAGGGAAGCUCUGGGAUUCCAUAUUUGUAUUUUUUGUCACAAGAACUUGCACAUACCUGUACAGAAACAAGUGUACUAUAUAUAUGAAUUUUUUAAGCAUAAUAUCUUUAUUAAGAUUGGAUCAAGAUGCUUUUAUAAUGGAAAUGAGAUGGACUAGAAUAUCUGCUGUAUAUGUGGAAAUAAUGGAAAUCUUAAAUACUCGGUGUUUAUUAAACAGAAAUCUUGCGACUUGUGGAUGAGCACAGAUAUAUUCCAUACUUUUUAAGUAUGGAACAUCAUGAUUAUUUCCUUUGCUAUGGGAAAUGGAAAUAGUUUAGGUUGCAAUAGAAACAAUCAACUGAAAAAUUUUUUUCAUUCAAACGUAGCUUGAAGACUCUUUGAAUUAAAAAAAAAAAUACAUGUUUAUUAUGAGGAGUAAAAAUUAAACAAUAUGAAGUCAAGGUUUUUUUGCAGACUUUGUUAUAUAGGAAUGGAAAUAUACAGUUUUUAUAUUACAUCUGCAUAUAAAACUAGUUUCUAAACUUAAUUUUACUGCAUCAAAGCAAAUAGAUGUUACCAUUUCAAAUUUAUCUCAAUUUUUAAGGAUAAAAAUCCACCACUCAUGUUAACAGCGAGUAAUUGGGAGAAAUAACAAUCGUAGAUGCUUUUCUUUUCUUGUACUAUUUUUAUUUAAGAUUCCUGGACAGACUUAGUCAAAACCACUGUGUAAAAUAACUGUUUUGUACUUUUUGUAUGAAUAACUGCAAAUGCAAUACUUCAUGCUUAAAAUUAAUUCACCAGUAAGCAUCCACUUUCUUUCAUCCAGCUAAACUUUACCUCUUCAAGACAGAAUAUUCUGUCACUUACAUGUUUUUUUCCUCCCUACAGAGCAGCUAAUUGGAUGGAGUUCAUAUUUACAGAUUUUUUGUGAUAAGUAUUUCAUAACUUUCAAUUGUGCCAAAAUCUAUUAACUUCCAAUGGAAAAUAGGUUAAGGAGAGUAACUGGAGAGCAGCUGAGUGACCUGGCAAUGCAAUCGUUACUACUUGUGGCUUGCUGAUUACUAAAAUGCUGUUCGUUAGUUGUUUUUUUUUUUCUUGACUUGUUCAAGAUCGGCUAUCGGAUUAAGCGGCUGAAUGACUAGCUAGGCAAAAAGAGAAGAGACUUUCCAUUUGAAUAGAUGACAGGGUUAUCUAUUCAGGGUUAACCUGAUCUAGGUUUAAAAACAAGAAAAGAAAAAAAGCUCAAACUGUACCAUAAUACAACAGCACGUCUACUGCACUUAAUUUUGCCACUGUGUAGUGCCCAAGGGACAACUGACUCCUGGUUUAGAACGCUGAGCUACGCCAGCAGUCUGGGACUUUGGCAAGGUGCUGAAGCAAACUGGAAACUGAGACUUCUUGACUGAAAAGAGAAGAGGAGCAUUUGAGAAAGAAUUGUGCAUGUUGGGGUCGAAAUACUUGCAGAGAAGACAAAUCUCCGUCUUUAGGGAGAACCUGUUAACUGGGUAAAAACAGCAUAGGUCUUUGGAGGUAGUUAUCGUUAUAUCUGUUAAUCUGUCUUCCUGUGCAUGUCUUUUCUUCUUCCUGUUUGAAAACCCUUAAGUAUUUUCCUUUUAAUUCAGCUAUCAAUUCAGUGACUAGCAAGAAUGAGUAUAUCUUUCAUCAUUCCAUAUAUCAUACUAGUCUUACUCUGUCAUACUGUUUUCUUGUUCUGUUAUUCAGGAUAGAUGCCAGAGUUGUUUUAAUAAAUACUUGAGUUGAUGCUAGUGGAGCUCAGUAUAGUGAUGCAGGAGUCACCUUAUUUAUCAGAUCAGAUUCAACAGAGAUGCAUUUUAAAAUGUUCUCUAGCAAUUCUGACUCUCUUGUGAUCAGACUGUUUAUACAAUCUGUAGAAUUUCUUAGAGAUCUGUUAAACGCGUUUUCAUUCCGUUCUCUUCUCCUAGUGCUGUAUUGAAAUUUAUGCAGUGCAGGACAGAUUUCUUUAAGGGGUUGGAAAAAACUGUUGUCAGAAAGCUUCUAAAAGUUGCCUUGCUUUCAAGUGACUUAUUCUGAAUCUUGAUUGUUUUAAGUUCCUUCUUAGCAGCUCCUUUCCCAGGCUGGCACUGCAGAACCAGCAGAGUAUCUCAGUAGCGGUAUGGGAACAAGAAAGCAUGUUACUUCACCUGCUGAUCUUACUGCAUAUUCAGCUUGUACAAUAUACGGUGUAGGGGGUUGCCCUGGGAACAGGAAAUUAUUUGUAGUGGAAACUAAUGCCUUUUGCAGUAGUUUUCGCACCUUCCCACCUCUAGGAGGCUCAGGUCAGUUGGAUAACAGUGCUACAAUUAUACUUGACUCAUAAGAGAUCUUUCAGUUUAUGAAACCAUUUUUUUUCAAACAAUAAAGCUUUAGUUAAUAUUUUUGUUUGCCACUUAUGUUUGAGGUGGUUGAAGCAGAACUGACAGUAUCUCACCAAACUGAGCAUUAGCCCCAUCUUGGUCGGUAAAUAAAAAGGGUGGUGAUUUUUCUUUUUAAAUCAAAUUAUUUUAACAUAAUUGCUAAGCCUCAAUACUUGUCACAGCUUUCUCCAAGCCAAUGCAGAUUUCCCAGUUCAGCCCCAGGCAAUAGGACCCAAAACCAAUUAGGGUAGCUGGGAGCAUGUUAGAUGAUCGUGUUUUGUCAGCGAGGAUCAGCUAUGAUGUGCUGCUCUGCACCCUGACAAAUGUUGCGCAGCUUUUCAGGUUUUGCCCAACAGGCGCACAGUGUUACCCUGGUUCUCCUGACAGGAGCAGAGCACUACAGUAGGCACAGGCUGCCUUCGGUUAGCGUCCCGGAAGCUCUCAUCUGGUGGCCGUAAUCCUCCAAAGGCCUUUCUUCAGGCUUCCCCCCGCGAUCUAUUAGACCUGUGCUGUUUGGGCAGUUGUACAAAUCGCAAGUAUAGGCCAAUUGGAAUAUUUUAAUAAGUACUUCAGUGUGGAAGUUCCUAUUCUAGUCCUUUGAUCUGUAUGCAGACAGUUACAAUGAAACAGUUCUGUUUUAAAUCAGUUUCAUCUUUGAAACUGCAGCUACGAAUUGUACAUUUGGCAGCACGCAAUAUGUGUAUAUACACUGAGAAAAAAAAUAAAUUUAUUUUUCAA